AUGUCUAUCAAACCAAUUGAAUUGUUCCCACCUCAGCCUACCACCGUGAGAGCAAACUCAGUCCAUCUUUCCUAUGAUUCCGUUCAUGAUAGAUUAGUAUAUCCUAAUGGAAAGUCUAUUGUGGUUAGGGCUGUGGAUCCUAAUUCAAGUCAACCAGUAUUACAAUUCACUAAACAUAUUCAUCUUACUACGGCAGCUCUGUUUUCACCUUCUGGUAAUUAUGUUGCCUCUGGGGAUGAAUCUGGACAAGUUAAGAUUUGGGAAGCCAUAAAUUAUGAUGAUGGUACUGAAGAAUUAAAGAUAAAAAGUGAAUUUCAAAUUCUUUCUGGUCCUAUCAAAUCAAUUGCUUGGGAUGCUGAUGGUAAUAGAGUUAUUGCCGUUGGUCAAGGUAAAGAGAAAUUCGGUCACUGUUUUACUUGGGAUAGUGGUAACUCUAUUGGUGAAAUCCAAGGUCAUUCAGGAACUAUUUAUGAUGUUGAUAUAAAACCUCAAAGACCUUAUAGAGCUGCAACUGUUAGUGAAGAUAAAGCAUUAGUAUUUUUCACAGGUCCUCCCUUUAAAUUUGAUAAAAGUAUUCGUGGUCAUCAUACAAAUUCAGUCAGAAGCGUCAAAUUUUCACCUGAUGGUAAAUGGUUAAUCAGUGUUGGAUCAGAUAGAACUAUUGCUGUUUAUGAUGGUAAAACUGGAGAAUUUAUCAAAAAAUUAGACAAUGCACAUGAUGGAGGUAUAUAUUCAAUCUCAUGGUUUAAAGAUUCUUCAAAAUUUGUUACUGCUUCUGCUGAUAAUAAGUUAAAGGUUUGGGAUGCUGAAAGUUUAGAAGUUCAAAGUGAAUUAGGAUUUGGUACCACUAGUACAGUUGUAAAAAAUCAACAAGUUGGAGUCGUGGUAACUAAGGAAUUUAUUAUAUCGUUAUCAUUUAGUGGCCAUCUUAAUUAUUUUAAAUUUGAUGAAGUAACUCCGUUUUUGGUGGUACCUGGUCAUCAAUCUCCUUUAACUGCUUUGAUUUUUGCAAAUAACACUCUCAUUACAGGUGGAUCUGAUGGUAGUAUUUAUCAAUGGAACAAGUCAUCAGAUGAUCUGCUAAAUAAACUUUCUUCAAGUUUAGGAGAUGGACAUUCCAAUUACGUGGUGGAUAUUUUAAGCACUGGAAGUCAAAUUCUUAGUAUUGGUUGGGAUGAUAAACUUCGAUUAUGGAAUUCUCUGGAAGAAGUAAGCAAUGUAACAUUAUCUGAACAACCAAAAGGUUUAAAGAGAAUUAAGGAUAAAUUCUUGGUAUUAUUUGAAAAGAAAAUCGAACUUUAUUCAUCUGAUUUGAUUAGAAUUUCAGAAUAUACCCUUGGAUUUUCAGCAAGUGACUUUGAUAUAUUAGAUGAUCAACAAGUAUUGAUUACUGAUUCAAAUACUAAUAGCUUGAAAGAGUAUGUUUUAGAAGGUGAUAACUUUAAACUUUCAAGUAAGCUGUAUGCAUCAUUAAGAUCUCCACCUACUAUUACAAGAGUUUCUCCAAAUGGUAAAUAUGUUGCUGUUGCCGAUGCUACUGGUAAAUAUACUUUAUAUGAUACUUCAAAUGCUUCUGUUAUAACUACUCGUUGGGCUUUUCACAGCAGUAGAGUAUUUGACUCUAAAUGGACACCUGAUUCUCAAUUUGUUAUAAGUGGUGGUCUUGAUACUGGAUUGUUUUUAUAUUCUGUUGCAAAACCUUCCAAGGUUUUGAAAUUUCCUUUAGCUCAUCAGAUAGGAAUUUCAGGUCUCGAAUGGUUGAAAUAUGAUUCAGAAAAUAAAUAUGGAAAGUUUGCUAGUAUUGGUCUUGAUGGUUCAAUUAAAUUAUGGGAUGUUGAUUUUAGUGUAUAUUUCACAUAA